UUAAACGUCAAAUCAUGUCAUUUCCUUUUGAUUAGUGGGCCGUCCAAUUAUUAAGUUUGUGAUUGUUUGUGAAAUAAAGCGUAAUGAUGGCUGCUGAGGACACAACAGCGGACGCGACGAGGCGGUUAAAUGUUAAGAAACAAACGCUGGACGACGCGUACGCGGCGCCGGCCAAUUUCCUCGAAAUUGACGUGGUGAACCCAGUGACGACAAUGGGUGUCGCGAAGAAACGCUAUACGGAUUACGAAGUCCGCAUGAGGACCAAUCUGCCCGUGUUCAAAGUGAAAGAGUCGAGCGUGAGGCGGCGGUACAGCGACUUCGAGUGGCUCAGAAACGAAUUAGAACGAGACAGUAAGAUUGUAGUACCACCUUUGCCGGGCAAAGCUUUAAAGAGACAACUGCCUUUCCGUGGAGAUGACGGCAUAUUUGAAGAGGAAUUUAUAGAGGACCGCAGAAAAGGCUUAGAAACAUUCAUCAACAAGAUAGCCGGGCACCCGCUAGCACAGAACGAGCGCUGCCUGCACAUGUUCCUGCAGGAGCCGACCAUCGACAAGAACUACGUCCCCGGCAAGAUACGGAACACAUAAUAAUCACACUCCGCCCAACUUUGGAACAAUCCUGCUCAUACUAUCUAUAUUUAAGCAGAUAAGUUGGAAACUACUUUUUAAAGAAGAGAUACUUCUGUGUGGUGGGUGAUGUUUAGAUGUAUACGAUAAAGGGGGUAAAUUAGUAUUAAGAAUACU